AUGGAAAAAAUAAAUUCUUUAAUAUAAAAAUACCCGUAAUUAAUAAUUGUUGAAGAUGGUGUUUAUGAACAUUUAUGCUUUGAACACUUGCCUUUAAAAUUACCGCGUUUCGCAAACUUACCCAAUACAUGGAAUAGAACUAUCUCAGUAUAUUCAGCAGGCAAAUUAUUCUCUGCUACAGGAAUUAGAGUAGGAUGGGCUAUUGGACCUUAAAAUUUAAUUAAAUAUGUUUAAAGUUUCCAUUAAUAUUCAGUCUUUUGCUAACAUGGUCCUAUGUAAGAUGCUGUUUCGGAAGCUUUAGAUACUAGUAUUUCUAAAGGAAAUUAUUUUAAUGAUACAUAAUAAUUAUUAAUUAAAUAGAGAGAUCUUUUAAUUGAUUAACUUACAAAAUCUAAAAUUCCGUUAAAUAUUUGGGUGCCAUAAGGCGGUUAUUUUGUUAUUGCUGAUAUUUCAAAUGUUUAGGUAAAUAAAAAAUAUUUUUAAGAUGAAAAAAACGGAUAAGAAUAUAGUAAAGACUAUGCUUUUUCAUUAUGGCUAUGUAAAGAAAAAGGAGUAACAUCGAUUCCCUGUAGUUCUUUUUAUCCUAGUGAAAGUAAAAAAGAUGGAGAGAAUCUUGUAAGAUUUGCUUUUUGUAAAACUAAUGAUUAAAUUUUAGAGGCUGGUAAAAGAUUAUAAUGA